AUGGGUCACUGCUCGCAGCUGACCUCUGAGCACCAGCUGGUGGCAGAGCUGAGAAUGGCGCCUGGGCUGCUCUUCCUCUGCAGAAACGGGCACCUGCUCUCUGCCCUCCCGGUGGAGGGAACGCUGUCUCUAAGGAUCAACUUGCCUACAUUUCCUGCCAAAGCUCUGCUCUGCGAAGCAUCACCUCCAUCCUUGCCUCCUGGCUUCCCGCCCUGGGAGAAGGCUGCUGGCGGCUCUGCUCAGAACGGGAAGAACAGCAGUGGAGUUUGCUCUACCCGCUACCACAUGGCACGCCGGGUGGGGCUGUGGCACACGGGGCCUGGGCUGGCGUGGGAGCUGCUCACAGACAUCAGCGGGUUCGGGUUCGGGGAGUUCUGGCUGAGACCGCCGCUGAUGCAGCCACCCUGGCCUCCUCCCGGCUGCGCCUGGGGCUGGGAGCCUCAGUACACCCAGCAACCCAACGAGAAGCCACCCCACACUGUGAGCUGGGAAAGCAGCCCAGCCCCAGGGCUCCUGUAUGGGGAAUUCGCCCUCCUCACAGCCUUGAGCUCCAGCAAUGGCCUGUCCGAAGAUGGGGCUCAUGCAGCCGCCAGCGACCAGGUGGAAACGGUGUCUGAGGACCAGCAGUUCCUGGGAGAAGGGGCCUUAGACAGCGGCGGCGGCGGCAGUGGAGGCGGCGUGGGGAGCCCCGGUGCGCAGGGUGCCAAGUAUCCGGAGCACGGCAACCCAGCCAUCCUGCUUAUGGGCGCAGCCAACGGUGGGCCCGUGGUCAAAACGGACUCGCAGCAGCCUCUCGUGUGGCCCGCUUGGGUCUACUGCACACGCUACUCCGAUCGUCCGUCCUCCGGUCCGCGCACCAGGAAGCUGAAGAAGAAGAAGAACGAGAAGGAGGACAAGCGGCCUCGGACGGCGUUCACCGCCGAGCAGCUGCAGAGACUCAAGGCGGAGUUCCAGGCGAACCGCUACAUCACGGAGCAGCGGCGGCAGACCCUGGCCCAGGAGCUCAGUCUCAACGAGUCCCAGAUCAAGAUCUGGUUCCAGAACAAGCGCGCCAAGAUCAAGAAAGCCACCGGCAUCAAGAACGGCCUGGCACUGCACCUCAUGGCGCAGGGACUGUACAACCACUCCACCACCACGGUCCAGGACAAAGACGAGAGCGAGUAG